AUGCCCACCUUUAUUGUCAAUUCCACUACUACGCCACAACGUAAGGAUUCCCUAACCACCAGGAAAUCGCGGCAACCCAUCAAACACACGAAGACCUUCUCGGGGUGUUGGACUUGCCGCGAGAGACACGUUAAGUGCGAUGAAGGCAAGCCGAAAUGCAAUCGGUGCCAGAAGGCCGGCGUGCAAUGCCAGGGUUAUGGCAUCAAACUCGUUUGGGUUGAUCCUGACACCCAGGAAAGGGAGCAGAAUAUCAGACGCGCCAUUGGCACACCAGCCAUCUAUAAUAAAAGCUCAAGUUUCAUGAGUAUUGAUGUGGAGGAGACCCUUGAUGAUCUGGAGCGGUUCUCAAUCAGCGAAACAAGUGGUAGCCCAGACGCUCUGUCGUUGGGACCAUUCUCCGUCUUCAACCUGAGUUCCGUCGACACGUCCAAACCUAAACCAUCGCAUACUGAUGAUGCUGCCUCUGGAAACGUGGAGAAACAAUUUUCAUUAGACCUUGAGACAGACGAGUUUGAAGACCAGAGUUCUGGAAACCCCCUCGAGGAGUUCGACGACGAUAUUGAAACGGUAAUUUCAUCCGCUUUUAAAGACGAUCCUAUGUCAUCAUCGCCCAUAAAUAUUGCUGCUCUUGGUAGAAAUUCAGGCCAGAGCCUUGUAAAUUCAAGCUUGAUGCGUUCAACACGUCCGCGGCUAUAUAUUACUCGUCAUCUCGACCUCCUUCCCCGACGGCAAGAUCAACGAGAGCUAAUUCAUCACUGGACGAACUUCGUCUGUUGGCACCUACUGCCGGUAGACCAGCCAUCUAACCCUUUCCGGUCAGUGUUCACCCCAAUGGCACUGGAAGGUCUCCGUGCGCCAUCGUCUUCCUCCAACGGCAGCAUUGCGCUGUUCCAUGCUUUGUGUUCGGCAUCGGCAUUCAGUCGCUCACAGCUACUCGAUGGUGAUACAAAAACGCUCACACUGGCCGCCAAACACUACCAGCUGGCUAUCAUGCAUCUACGCCACAGCUUGAGCAAUCUCACUGCAUCAUCUCCCCUGCUCCUUACCAGCACCGACGGCACCACUGUUCCCUCCACCACAGCCUCUGACUUGCAGCGCACCUCCAUCCUCGCAACUAUCACGAUGUUCUCCGCAAUGGACAUGAUCACAGGACGCUUCAGCGAAUGGCGGACGCACCUGCAGGGCGGAGCCAGCUGGCUCGCGACUUUGAACAGCGCCGUGUGGCAACACGAUCGGUCAAGCAGCAUGGUAUAUCAGGGGUACCUGGCGAUCGCAGCAUUGUGCAACAUCAACCUACCGUCAAACCUCGACAUUGAGAACGAAGACCUUUUCCUCGGCGACCGUUACUACAUGCUGGACCGAUGCUUUGGGCUCACGCGGCCGAUGCUGCGGCACAUUGCCGUGAUGAACUCGCUGGUUCGCAAGAUUUCAGAGGCGGCCGCAGCAGGCCUAGAGCAAACAGCCGCCACGGCCGCGGGGCUGGACGAGCUGGAAUCACAGCUCUACGAGCAAACGCCCGACACAUUGGACCUGUCUGAUCUCACGCCGACAGCGGCGGCGUUGACGCGACACCACGCCUACGUCUUCUACUACGCCAGCCUGAUCUUCUUCGCCCGCGCGGUGCGCCGCCUUCGUCCAGAGUCAAUUUAUGUCCAAGCUUUGGUGGAGUGUGGGGUGCGGCAGUUGGAGGAGAUCGAGCUCCUCGGUGGCGACGGCGUAGGCUGCACCCUCGUCUGGCCACCGCUCGUCGUUGCCAGUGAGUGUCUGAGCGAGGAGCUGCAAACCAGGAUGCUUUCGUGGUAUAAACUUAAGCGGAGGCAUGGGUUCAUGAAUCUGGAAAUCAGCAAGGACAUUGCCAGGGAGCUGUGGCGGCGGCGGAAGGAUUUAGAAGCCCAAGGCCUCGAUGGCGUUGUCGACAUACAGUGGCAAGAUGUUUUGAAAGAUUUGAAUAUGGACGUUGUACUGUUUUGA